UUAUUAUUUAGUAUGAUCUUAUAUAGAUAUAUAUUAAGUGUAUAUAAUUCAGUAGACUUGUUUAUAUAUAGAUGACAACUUUUCGUCAUCUUUUUUCUUUGUUUUUUUAUUUACACAAGUAGUACAAUUUAUGUUUAUUAUGAAUAUGUUAAGUUUUUUAAUCAACUUGGCCAAUUUUCAAAUUCUAUUAUUGAUUUCACUUAUUUUAUCAUGUAUUGGUGGCUUGAGUAAUAGAUAUAAAAGCCGACAAUUAAAAUAUUAUAAAAAAAAUUUAUUGAAACAGCUUCAUCAAAAUAGAAAUAAUGAAUUGCAGAAAAGACGUAAAGAAAUGUUAUAUUACAAGUGCUGUGAUUCAUCUUAUUUUGAAAUGGAUGAUCUGGAGCGAUUAGAUGAAUUUGAAAACCCAAAUCAUAUAGAUCCAUUAGAUAGAAAUGGAGCAAAAGAUACAGAAAGUACAGAAAGUACAAAAACUAAAGAAAAUACUGGUAAAAUAGAUAGAAUAGAUAGUUUGGAUAAAAGAAACCCAUUCAAAAACGAUACAGAUUUGAAACAACAUAACCAUAAAAUAUUUUUGAUUGAUAAAACCCAAGAAAAGAAAUUGGAAAGUAGGUUUUCAAAAGAAAACGUCUUGCUAGUAUAUAUUUCAGUUUUCGAUAGGAUUGAACCAGUAGCGCAAAGACUUAAACCUUUGCUUCCAGCGAUUUCGUUUCUAAUGGCAGCAUCGUUUUUAAUACAACUUGAAGAGUAACUUUGUGCUAGCUCUUGUUACGUUUACCUUUCCCAACAAAAUGUAAGUGAAACGCCUCCAAUGUGUGUAAUUGUGAAACUCAUAUUUUUAAAGCCGUGUAAAUGUGAGCACGUCACAUGCUCCUGUUUGCUUUUCAACGUUUUUUUUUUAUUCUCACUUUGCAGUGGAACCAAAAGAGAAAACGGUAAGGGAAAGGCAAUGAACGGGAGUUUCUAGUUCGUGCGUCUGGAUGAGUAGCUGAAGAGAGGUUUUGC